AUGAAGUAUCUUGCCGCCGUCUCCCUCUUCGCCUGCGCUGUCAGAGCCCUUCCUUCCGCAGAAAACACUGUAGGCCAGGCUAUCCUCGAAAAGGCUCUGACUGCUGAAGGGACUCCCUACGCCUGGGGCGGGGGCUCCUGUGAUGGUCCUAGCGGCGACCAGCCGCCAUAUGAUUAUGGCGACGUUGGGUACGACUGCUCCGGUCUCGUCUGCUGGGCUGUCUGUCAGAUCACUGGCCGCGAUCUCUUUACCGAGGGUCUCCGCGUCACGUCUUCCAUGUACUGUGCCAGCGAGGAGACUCUUGGGUACAAGAAAUACCCGUACGAAGAGCGCCAGGCAGGUGAUGCCGUCUUUUUUGGUGGGGAGUGUGAUUGCAAUGCCAGCGGCAGUAUCCACCAUGUUGGAUUGAUGAUGGACUCGGGCGAUCGCAUGUGGAAUGCUCCCAACGAUCGGGUCAACAAGGUGCAGGAGAACAGCAUUUCUGGGUUCGGGGAGACACCAUGUCCUUAUGUUAUUCGCUUUGCUUAG